AUGGUCGACCUCUCCCCCAGCCUACUCCGGCGCGCCAGAACAUACGGAGGCAAGCUCCUCUACAAGUUCGGACUUCAUUGCGCAACCCACCAGAUUCGUAUUAUCCUCGUCUCAUGUGUCGUUAUAACAUCCCUCUUCUACCCCGCACUCGCCCUCUACACUUGGUCAGCCCGACCGGGUUUCCUCUCAAUUCUUGAUGUCACUCGGUCGCAAUACCCGCAGGACUUGGAGAACCUAUGGAGUGGCCACGAAGCCUUGCGCGUGUUGGAAGAUGCCGUUUCGCGGGCAAAGACCCGCGCAAGCUGCAUUGCUGACAACGCACUUCGUGUUGAACGGAUUCUAAUUCACAGCCCGUUCGAAGCUGAGGUCAAUAACCAGAUCCUUCAAUCAACGCUCGACUUGGAGCGCCGAAUUGACGAAUUGGACCUCGCUUGUCUGAAGCGCGACGACGGUUCUUGCUUUGUUCUGUCCCCACUUGCCUUCUGGCGAUACGACGAUGCAGAAAUACGAAGCGACACGAAUAUUUUGGACACGCUCUUAACGCGCAAUGCUUCUGUAGCAGGAAUUCCCAUAACUCCGCAAAUGGUAUUAGCUGGCCGAGGCUCCGAUGAGCCUCAAGUCUCGAGCUCUCAUUUUGACUACGCCAUGUUCCUUGCACUCACCUAUUUCUUCCCGAACUCUGACUGUGUCGGGGAAGCUGAGCAUCGCGCUUGGCUGCAAGCAAUCGACGCGGCAAGCUUGGGUGCCUCGAGGAGGAGCGACCCAACGCAAGACCCUACUUUGAUCGCACUCCAAUUCGAUGAGACCCUGUCAAGUCCGAACAAGUCGACAGCCAUCUCGGCUCUUCUCUAUCUUGCCUACACGGGAUUUGUCAUCUUCGUUUCGUGGUCGGUCCGACGGAUGGACUCUUUGCAUUCUCGUAUUGGUGUGACCUUCACUGCCCUCGUCGAGAUUGCAGUGAGCACAAUCACGAGUAUCAGCGUCUGCGCCCUUGUUGGGUUUAAAUUGACUAUGGUUCCUUGGGAACUUCUCCCCAUUGUAAUUGUUUUUGUCGGAGUCGAGAAUAUGUUCAAUCUCGUUGAUGCCGUUUCCAAAACCCACGUGACUCUUCCAGUAAAGCAUCGCAUCGCAGAAGGUCUCAGCGUGGCUGGAACCUCCAACACGCUCAAAGUCGUGUCCUAUAACAGCAUCCUCGGUGUAAUUGCGGUCUUUUCGGUUGGCGCAAUCAGGCAAUUCUGUGUUUUCGCUGUUGUUGUGCUCGUAGCACAUUGGUUCCUGGCCCAUACAUUCUUCUUGGCUGUCCUGUCCAUAGAUCUCCAGCGCCUUGAGUUGGAUGAUCUUUUGCGCCAAGAUCCUAACUUCGGGCCAAGUAAUCCGCCCCCAGCUGCACGGCAGGUGUCCGAGAAGUCUACAUCUGCGCGAGACAAGUUGGGGACUGUUGUUCACGGCCUGCUUCGUGGACGAGCGACUAAAAACAUCAGUUUACUCAUGCUCUUAGCCAUCACCGGAACCCUCUAUUACACUAUCUAUCCCACACGACCUCUGUCGUCUCACGUCGAAGAAGUCCACCAUCCAGCAGUGGCGCGCAAAGCCAAUGUUUCCUCAGAUCUCCCCCACCAUCAAACUCCUGCUUGGGAUAUUUGGCAAACACUCAACCCGAAUGGAACAGCUUUGCAUCUUCGCAUUGAGUCUCCAACGAUAUUGACCUUUGCUCCCGACCCGACUCUCCAGACCAGGCUACACCAACGACCUCGGUCAUCGAUGCGUUUUCUUGUUUGGUUCAUCAAAAUCGUCAUUCUACCAAUCACGGUCACCACAACUGUUCUCUGGGGUAUAUUAUUGUACCUGCUCAAGGAUGCAGAUUUGCUGGAGGCGCAGAGAAACCGGCUUGAUCCAGACUCUCCUGACGUCGUCGACGAUGGCCAUGCUUUCGAAGGCCAAAUCUCAUUCUCGACACUUCCGAGGGCUUUUGUGAGCGAUGUGGAGCUUAUCGCCUCCAGUGCAGACGGAAGCAUUGUGGUUUCGGUUGGCGUUCAGAAUGAAGCAAUCAUUUGGCGGAUGCCAGGGUGGACCCACGCCACGAUUGGGGUUACCGAUGCGCUUGUUCGUUCCCCAAGCACUUCAACGGCAGCUGCAACUUUGACUUGCGCUGCCGUCGAUGCGGAGGGGAAGUAUUGUGCCCUUGGAACUGGUGCGGGCGUUAUCGUCGUCUUCAGUAUCGGGAAGACGGCAUUGACUCCUUUACCGCUGCUCACUUUGGUCAACUCGUCCGCUGCUGUUGUAGACCUGCAUUUCAGCAGCAAUACACCUUCAAGCAUCCGCCCAACUCCGCCGCCAUCUGAAUCUGGCUCCCCCGCCGAACCAAAAUCCGGUCCAUUUUUACUUGCUGUCUACGAAAAUGGACUGGGUGCAAAGUGGAAUGUCGGUUUGAACUCGCAGGUUACGUUUUUUACACCAUCCGCUCAGGCACCCCUCGUUCGCACCCAACUCUUGCGCCUCCCACACUCCGAUGGCGCCUUCUUUGGCUUUUGUCUGGACAACGGAACGGUGCAGCUUACUGAAGCCCACGGAUCAAAGAAUCUGAUCUUGCCGGACAACUCGUUCCGUGCCGGGAGUGAUGCUGAUCUUGUAACCAAUGUGCAUCUAUGCCCUGUGGAGAUCCUCGGAAGUGUGAGGCUUGUGGUAGCUGCGGCAACUGAAUCUGGGAGUGUUUCGCUGUGGGACGGGUCAGGUGAAUUGAUUUCCACCAUUGACGAUGUGCGUGGCCGGGUAACUCAGUUGCGUGUUGCACCGACCCCGUCUGGUCCAUGCCCCUCCUGCGCGAAACCCCAGCUAGACGGAUUCCUGCUUGCCUUCUCGGUUGACAGCAUAGUCCACGUUUUCCGAAUAUCCAUGUCAGAUCAGCCUCGUCGCUGCACGUGUAAUCUUCAUCUUCCCCGUCGGGUCUCGUCGCGAGACAGCCUUGGCCGUCAUUCGCGAACGACUAGCAUUGCGCCUUCUCCUGGCUCUUCCUCACCUCUCAUACCUCGAGCUAGUUUGGCCACCAUCUUUGAACCCCCACCUCCAUUUCCCGUGUCAGGACACGGUAUCCAUUCUCGACGGGCGUCAGAAAGGGACGCCUCGUUGCGACGAUCGCUGGAGAGCUUGACAGUACCAUCUGUGCUUGAUGACCAAGACCUGCUUUCGCCUCUGGACCCAACAAAACCUUCGGUUGGGGUGUCACUUUGGCAGCAUGUGUUUGUUGUGUGUGUUGCCGACGCUGAUUGCGAACGGGGAGCGUGGGAUUUUGUGGACCGGUCAGUUGUUGGUAUCCGCCGCAAGCCACGAACGGUGAAAAGCGGGGGAGUCGGCUCUGAAGUGGGUGGCCUGAGCCUGGCGACAUUGGAGCGAUGGGAACUGUGGUCGUUCGAGAUCUCGCGUAGCAAUGUCCGCAGUUCGACUCUGGCAACACUCGUCGAGCAGCAUCCAGACACCCCCCGAACUUCGAUUUCCUCUAUCACUUCAUCCAAAUCUUUGCGAAAGCGGGACACUGUACCUCGUCUACCGUUUACCCGCGUUUCACCGUUUACAAUAGCGGGGACGCACAGUCUCGCAGGAUUCGGCAACACUGUUGGAAUAUUUAACUUUAAGACUGUUUAA